AAAUUGUGGAAUCUUUCGUGUUAAACAACAUCACACGUUCCACUAACACCAACACCAUAUCUUUAUCCGUAGACGUUAUAAUAACCAAGUUACGGGCGUCUGCCGGUUGCGGAUUUGCAGGUGCCACCGCCCCAGGACACGUGUCGGUUUGGCGGCGCAUCUUCGAUUUCCGCCAAAAAGUCGGUUUCACAAAUUACUGAGGAAGAUUAGGUGGGCCCCCACAGCAUAGGAGUCCCAUUUCACGCCGGAAAUUCGGACGUUCGUUCCUUUUCGCUUUCCCAUUCAAAGAAUGUUUAUGAUACAAUCUUUCUUCAACUACUCCACCACGGCGUUUCCAAAUACGGCGGCGUUCUGCUGAUUUCACGCUUUUACGCGUCGAACUCUUCGAUUGUUUUAAAAAUAUAUUGAAGAUUUUUCUUUUUCUGCUUUCUACAUAACGAUUUCUCCCCUAAGUUUGAAGAAUUAGUGGCUAUUCAAAGGAAUUUGUACACAUAAAUGACUGUUUAUGAGCUAGAUCCUGACGUAGUGAGGUGGAAUCUCCACCUUAUAGAUGUUUGUUCUAUAAGCAACGGUGGUUCUCUCGGAACUGUUACUCAGUAUGACAGGGAUUUUUCUCAAGAUGGAUAUGUGAGAGAAGGUUAUUGUGAGCCUACGCAUGUUAACGUGGAGAAUGAUGAGGUAAUUGCCCGUGCCCUUCAGGAGGAACUAUCACGGCUUUCAGUCAUGGAUUCUGUAGAAUCUUCACACACCGAAGAAGAACAUCAAAAAGCGUCAGUUAUUGCUCAAGAUUGGGUUGCACCGUCGAGGAGAAAUUACAAUUUUGCACUUGAUGGCAAUGAGGAAGACACAGAUAGUAACGGAAUGAUAACAUUUUGCCCUCGCACAGCUGCAUCAUCCAAUUGGGAGCACCAAGAAGUUUCACCAGAGAUAGAGGAUGAAUCUCUUCUUGAUGGUGAAGUAGGGAAACGGCUGAAUCAGUUGGCUGCCAUCCCUGUGCCAUCCAAUUGGGAGCAUCAAGCAGUUUCACCGGAGAUAGAGGAUGAAUCUCUUCUUGAUGGUGAAGUUGGGAAACGGCUGAAUCAGUUGGCUGCCAUCCCUCAUGUUCCCAAAAUCAAUGGAGAUAUACCCUCAGUAGAUGAAGCCACGUCAGAUCAUCAAAGGCUGAUGGACAGGUUGGAAGUGUAUGAUUUAUUUGAGUUAAAAGUAUCUGGAGAUGGCAACUGUCAGUUCCGCUCAUUGUCAGACCAAAUAUAUCGCAGUACUGAGCAUCACAAAUUUGUGAGGGAACAAGUUGUUAAACAGCUCAAGUUCUGUAGGGAGUUGUAUGAGGGUUAUGUUCCGAUGGUCUAUGAUGAAUACUUGAAGAAAAUGAGCAAGGCUGGCGAAUGGGGUGAUCAUAUAACUUUGCAGGCUGCUGCAGAUUCAUAUGGUGUUAAGAUAUUUGUCAUUACUUCAUUCAAGGACACCUGCUACAUUGAGAUUCUUCCACAAAUUCAAAAGUCAAACAGAAGAAUUCAACUGUCUGAAGUACAAGACAACAAAUGGUGAGAGAAGCUAGAAGCAGCACUAAUUCUGGAAGGAGAAAUAUACAUGGGUACUGGUGUUAUAUAUGGGAAGGAAUUGGAUAACACUAGACCCAGGAUUCUAGUAUACAUGGAUAUAACACUGAAGACUGAGGAAAAUUUAGCACAUUAUCUUCCUCCUGUGAUAAACACACCUUCUUGUUCUAUUUCUGUUCAUUCUCCCAGGACCUAUAACAAUUUGUCCGGUUCUAAUUUCUUUUUUCGUGUGAGGGAAGCACCAAUAAUGUUAGUGCUUGCUAGUUUAGCACAUUAUCUUCCUCCGGUGAAGGAUAUGUCUUGUUCUCUUUCUUUUCUUUCUCUCUCAGAAAGACCGAAUA